AGAGAGAGAGAGAGAGAGAGAGGGAGGCAGCAGCAGCCAGAUAGUGAAAGGAUCACUGAAGAGACCGUCUGGAGGAGAGAGAGAGGGAGAGAGAGAGAUAGAGAGAGAGAGAGAGAGAGAAACAACCAUACAUAUAAGGAGGGGAAUAAAGGUUACAUUCUCAGAGCUGAUCCAUGAAAGAAGCCAUGCCAGUCCUCUCAGCAGGUGCAGGGUUGCAUGAGACGCUGGCCCUGCUGACCUCUCAGCUGCGUCCCGAUGCCAAUCACAAAGAGGACAUGGUCUUCCUCAAAGAUGUCUUCAGCGAAAAGAGCCUGGCCUACCUUAUGAAGAUUCAUGAGAAGCUGCGUCAGUAUGAGAGACAGAGCCCCACGCCUGUGCUCCACAGCGCCUCCUCUCUGGCAGAGGAUGUUGCUGAGGAGUUGCAGAGUGGCCCCAUGAGUGUGGAGGAGAAAGAGCUGCUUCACUUGCUGACAUCACCUCACUUACGGGCGGUCCUGUCAGUUCAUGACACAGUGGCCCAGAAGAACUUUGACCCUGUGCUGCCUCCUCUUCCUGAUGACUUUGAGGACGAGCUGGAGGAGGAGUCAGUCAAGAUUGUACGCUUGGUCAAGAACAAAGAGCCUCUGGGGGCCACCAUUCGGCGUGAUGAAGCUACAGGAGCUGUCAUUGUAGCACGUGUUAUGAAAGGAGGGGCUGCUGACAGAAGCGGUCUUGUGCAUGUAGGUGAUGAACUGAGAGAAGUCAAUGGAAUUUCUGUAAUGCACAAGAGACCAGAUGAGAUAAGCCAACUCCUGUCUCAGUCUCAAGGCUCCAUCACUCUGAAGAUCAUCCCAGCCAUUAAAGAGGAGGACAAGCUGAAGGAGAGCAAGGUCUACAUGCGGGCUCUGUUCGACUACAACCCGCUGGACGAUAAGGCCACACCCUGUCAGGAGGCAGGACUUCCCUUUAAGCCUGGGGACAUCCUGCAGGUGGUGAGUCAGGAUGACGGUACCUGGUGGCAGGCGAAGAAAGUGGGAGACAGCAACCUGCGUGCAGGACUCAUACCUUCCAAACAGUUUCAGGAGAGGCGUUUAGCCUACAGACUCAAAAUGGGGACGUUGCAGAAUCCCAAAUCGCCCAAAAAGCCUGUCUAUGACCAGGGAUGUGAAAAAGACGACUGUGACUGUGAGGGCUAUUUCAAUGGACACUACAUAGUCUCUCCGAAGUGUAAAGCGGUGGCGCCCUCCUGUGGCCAGGUGUUUUCCUGGGACUUUUAUUCAGCUGGUUUGCGAAGGAGUUUCCGUCUGAGUCGUAAAGAUCGUCAGGGGUCAUCAGGAGAGGCCAAUGCAUCUGAGCCCGGUGAGCCAGAGUUCCUGACCUAUGAGGAAGUGACACGGUACCAACAAAGACCCAAUGAGAGACCUCGGCUGGUGGUGCUCAUCGGUUCUCUCGGAGCACGCAUCAAUGAGCUGAAGCAGAAAGUAAUAGCAGAAAACCCCCAUCGCUACGCCGUGGCCGUCCCCCACACCACACGGCCUAAGAAAAGCCACGAGAAGGAGGGUGUGGAGUACCACUUUGUCACCAAGCAGGCCUUUGAUGCUGACGCCCAGAACAACAAGUUCAUUGAGUACGGAGAGUACAAGGAGAACCAGUACGGCACCAGUAUAGAGGCAAUCCGCUCUGUUCAAGCCAAGAACAAGAUGUGUCUGGUGGACGUGCAGCCUGAGGCAUUGCACACCCUGCGGACUGGUGAGUUCAAGCCCUAUGUAGUCUUUGUGAAACCUCGGAUCCCUGAGAGUCGCAGGCGCCGUAGUGCUGCCACUUCACCAGCAGGGGGAGAGCAUGGCAGAAUUACUGAGGAGGAGCUGCAGGAAAUGCGCCAGUCAGCCCAACAGAUUGAGCAGCAGUACGGUCACCUGGUGGACCGGGUCCUGAUUAAGGAAGAUUCUGCCAGUGCCUGUGCUGAACUGCGGGGCAUUCUCGAGCGACUGGAAAGGGAGGCCUUCUGGGUGCCGAUCAGCUGGAUCAGGACCUAAAGACAUACUAUCCCCCAAAAGCUACAGAAGCCACCCCCCCAAUGCAGGGCUGUUUUGGCAGCACGGACACUGGACUUUUCUCCAUAUCCAUUGGACUGACCUCCAGCAUGGCCAGAACUGCGGUGUCCAACCACAGGCUUGGCUAACUGAGCUCUGUCUGUGAAAGGAAAUACCAGAAAACUAGGAAGUAACACAAGCUCAGUGUGGCUCAGCAGUACUGAUGGAAAGAAAUGAGAAGAGGAGAAGAGAAUUAAGCAGAUGCUUUGUCCCUUAUAGAUACUGAUAGACUUGGGACAUCAAAAAAUACAAGAAUCUGCUGUACAGAGAUAUGCAUACAGUGUUAUGCUGAGGUCAGAGACCACUCUUCAUUAAAUCUUCAAAAUCAGACAGAUGUUGGAUUGUGAGAAGCAGAAAAUGCAACCAACUGAGACUGAGCUUUAGAGGUGUGGAAAAACAUCCUUGCAGAUUUCUUAGGAAAACUGAAAGUAAAUCUUCCAAAAACACUGCAAGACACAGCAUCUUGUCAAGUGAAAUUAACUUAAUUCUAGUCUACAUAACUAAUAUGUCUAUGUUUGGGAUGAUUGGGCACCAAUUAUUAUAAGUUUAUUUCGCUGUUUUAAGUAAAUUAUCUCACUAUACUAAUACACUUAAUUUAGCUUGCAAACACAUUUCCUAAAACAAGCAAAAUUAUCUGCCAAUAUAGUGAGAUAAUUUUACCUAACCCUCGUGUGUUGUUGACGGUUUUUGUUACUCAGUAGUCUGGGGGACCCACUGCAUUAUUGUUUUAUUAAAUCAUUACAGGCAUAACAAUUUAUGUAAAAACGGCAGAUGUUUAAAUUAGCACAAGUGUCCAGCGUAGGGUUCUCCUUUAGCAGCUGUAGCCAGUCAGCAGCCUGACCAUGUUGUCCACCCAUGUAGGGGGUGAACAGAGUGAAGUCACUGAAAAUGUGUUAUUUUAUAUGUUCUUC